AUAACCUGACCUUGGCCUAGUAAAGGUCAGUCCCUGUGAUUUUAAGGACGAUAGCUGCACCCAGCCGUGCAGGGCUCAGCCCAGUCCCUGCGCGCCAUGACAUGGGAACCAUACCUACGUCCUCGGUGCUGGAAUAUACGUACCACGCAAGAUCUAAAUUAUGGAAUGAUGGCCAAACCUGGCGGUGGCAGGGCUCUAUGUCAGGUAGGCCGGAUUGCUUGGAUAUGCCUACUCUGUAUUAUCCACGGAAACAUCGUGGCCUCACAAGAAUGCCCACUUGACUGGGAAUCGUUUGGGCAGAGCUGUUACCGUUUUGUUUUCCAUCCUGUCAAAAGCUUUGAUGAGGCAAAAACAGCUUGUCAGAUGCACUCGUCUGCCCUGGUGAGUGUGGAUUUCCCGGGGGAGCACGGCUUCAUAUCCCAGUGGCUAACGCGAACGGACACACGCAAGAAUAACUGGUACACGAGUGGGGAAGAGGACUCCCUGAACCCUGGUGACUUCUGGUGGUCCGGUACGGGAAAGGCCGUCGAUAAGUUGGCCAUGCCAUGGAUCAGCCAAAGUGAGCUGGAGGGCAAGGGACGCGCCGUCGUUUACAAGUUUAAUGGUGUAGUGUACGGUUGGGGCAGAGCCAAACCAGCAAAUGAAUUCCCUUACAUAUGCGAAAUCGCAAGAUCCGAAUCUCAUCGUAUAUUUCAGUCUAGGCGAAAUUUCUUUUUUGGGACAGACGUCGAGGAUAUCAAUCAGCUAGAAAAAGGUCCACAUUUUAUAGAAGAACCAAAAGACAAAAUUAUUAUAGGAUCUCCCGAUCGUACCUAUGUAGAGUGUGUGGCCACUGGCAAUCCUCAGCCGGUGUACACUUGGCGGAAACUGACCGGAUCACAGUAUACACCAAUCCCCACAAAUACCGGCAGGUACGCCGUCACAAAUGGACGCUUCAACAUAGCAUUUCCCAAGGAAGAAACAGAGGCAGGGGAAUACCAGUGUGUGGCUGAGAACAAGUUUGGAACAGUACUCUCCAGUCCCGUGCAGUUGUCAUUUGGAUAUUUACGCCAGUUUAUUAAUGUACAAAGAGAUGCUGUGAGAGUGCUAGCUUUCCAGGGCGCUGCCAUAGAAUGUGGCUCUCCAGAAAGUAAACCUGGGCUUGUGUAUCAAUGGUACAAAGACAGUGCCCGGAACUUUCUUCGGCCAUCGCUACAAAAGUACUUGUUCAUCUCCUAUAACGGAAAGCUGUACUUCUCUGAGGCGACCCGGGUAGACCAGGGAAACUAUUACUGUGUGGUGCAGCUGCGAACUACCGAAAACACGGAGAUACGGCAACAGGCCGCACCUAGUGGUACCAGCUUACCCAUCCCUCUCGAGGUUACCGCCAGCCCACCUUUAGAAUGGGGUCCACAGAUCCAGGACGACUUUGUAGCGGUCUUCCCCAAAUCCCCGCUUCGAGGACAGCGUGUGAGGCUGGAGUGUUUUGCAUACGGCACCGAUCCCCUGUUCUACUCGUGGAGCCGUAUUGACGGCUACCUCCCCUCCAAAGCCCAGCUAGAAGAUCACAAUAGGGUUCUUAUCAUCCCAGAUGCCCAGCUCGAGGACUCAGGGCAAUAUAACUGUCACGUGUCCAGGAGACAAUCAGCCACGGACGACCAGGCGGUCGAUCUCAAAAUUGUCGCGGUUCCUUACUUUACACUACCUCUCGGUAACCAGCACGCUGAUAAGGGUAGCCAACUGACGUGGCGGUGUGAGGCUAAGGCGGUCCCGGAACCAGCGUACACAUGGUACAAGAACGGGGAGAAGAUACAGUCUAUACCUGGUCAACUGGAGGUGAACAGAAACGUCCUGGUGAUUAAAGCAUUGGACCCCCUACAGCACAGUGGAAUGUACCAGUGUUCCGCUUCGAACAUUUACGGAACGGUAUAUAGUAGCGGACAGCUUCGAGUCAUGACUUUCAAACCUUCCUUCAGGAGAAAUCCGUUACAGGCAAAUACCGAAGCUGCCAUAAAUGGCAAUGUUACCAUCCGCUGUCGCCCAGAGGCUUCACCUUACCCGGACUUUAAAUGGGCUAAGAAUGGGGGCGAGUUGGGACUGAUAGCUGGCUCUGAGACAGGACGUGUAAGGUUGGAUAUUAGUGGAGAUUUGCUAAUUACAGGCGUUCAGCCCGGGGAUGCGGGGAGAUACACCUGUACUGCGACAAAUACAGAAGGGUCGGCUUCUAGUUUCAGCCAGCUAAGAGUAGCCGAGGGUACCCGGAUUUUUCGAUCGCCUGAUUCCACAUCUACAGUAGUGAACAGCACGGCCUUCCUCUAUUGCCAGGCGUCACAUAGCAGAGACCUGGAUUUGGUCUACAUGUGGUUCUUCAAUGGCAGACGAAUUGAUUUGAAAAACAACCCCUAUUUUGGUGCUGGAAAUGCUGAAAACCCCGGAGGCAUAUACAUUCGAAAUGCCCAGCUGAUUCACAUGGGCGAAUACGAAUGUUUGGCGCAGACUCCUUUAGACAAGGCUACUGCUCGAGCUUUCCUCACCGUGGAAGGACCCCCGCCUGAAAUGGCCGGUGUGUACGUAGAUAGGCUGUCUAUCACCAGUUAUUCCAUGAGGGUCAAGUGGACAGUGACCGGUGACAAUGACUUACCCAUCACUGCAUUUAUAAUAGAGGCGCUGACCAAGUACAAUACAAGCUGGCAGCUGGUAGCCAAAGAUAUCUCUUUUGGAGAGACGCUGAACGAGAACGAUGAUAAAAGCUCAUUUGUUGUCUAUGGCUUGAAGCCUAACGUUGGCUAUUCAUUCCGUGUGUUAGCUGUAAAUAACAUAGGUAUCAGCGCCCCUAGCCAACCUUCAGAUGAAUAUUAUACCCCAGGGGCUCCCCCUAAUGUUGCCCCACAGAUGGUGGGAGGAGGCGGAGGCUCCGUGGGUCUUCUGACCAUGACUUGGGAGCCGUUGCCCCCUAUAGACGCUCACGGUGCUGAGAUCGGGUAUGUUGUGUACUGGCGUCGACCUGGACCCAGCCUGACCUGGGACAAGGCCACGGUGUUUGGUAAUGUGGGCAAGUACGUUACUCAUGUAGGACUGGACAAUUUUUACCUGGAGUAUGAACUAAAAGUUCAGGCCAGAAACGAGUACGGAUCUGGACCAAAUUCGUCUGUUGAAAUAAUAUUCUCCGCGGAAGGCAUCCCCGUGGGUAUGUUAGCCGGAUUCGAUCUCUCGUCCGUCAACGGUACGGCCAUGGACGUCAGCUGGGAUCCCCUAGAAGAGACAAGGGAGAGCAUCAAGGGCAAAGUGCUCGGAUACUGGAUCAAUUACUGGAUAGAACCUUCUCUAAAUGACAUGGACGAAGAUUCGGAGAUCAUUAUGCAGUACAAGCCUGUCUAUGGACAGGUGGGAGAAACCACGGUUAUAGGUCUAGAGCCCGGUACCUACUACAUGUUUACCAUUCAGGUGUUCAAUAGUGCCGGGUUAGGGCCGAUCAGUGAGGAUGAGUUCGACGAGACAGAUGGACUCGCCCCUUUGAGGUACCCCAUGGAGGUGCAUGUGUACUCCCACAGCUCUGACACAGUUUAUGUAACAUUUCGGGGAAUAACAACAUCCAUUGACGAGGAACCGUUGCGGGGAUAUAUGUUACGUUAUUGGGUCUAUGGAAACACCAUCGAGUCUGCUAUUGACGUGGACUUAGAAAUGGAGACAUCUGGCUAUAUCAGCGGGUUAGAGAAGAACAAAAUGUACGAGAUGCGUGCCCUGGGUUAUAGUGCCGGGGGAUUUGGCAAGCAAAGUCCUACCACAUUAUUCACACUAGGCGGGCAGGUAGUCUUGGACUCCACAGUGACUGAACUUCUGGCUGCUGGAACGAUGUGGAAAGCGAACAUGUGGUUGACUGUCUUCAGCUUGCUGUGCGUUUAUGUUCUUAAGCACAUAUUUCAUGACAGAUGAUAAAACAAUCUGUGGUGUUUGUCAUUUAUCCUAAUGGUCAUGCAUCAUUUAUCACAUGGCUAAAAUCUUACCCGGUUACCUAAAGCAAAAUCCUGUGUUACAUAAUCCUCUCAGAGUUAUCCCCCUUGAUUUACAUUAUUUUGACAAACGUUUUAGUGAUGCCACAGAAUAUUCUUACUUGAUAACGCAGAUCCAAAUAUUCAAAGUACUCCACAAGUACAGCAACGCCUGUAGUGGACGUUACUACAAGGUUCGUGAGGUAUGUUACUUGAAAAAAAGAAAUCUGGACAACAGUUUGGACUGGUUGCCAUGCAAUAGUAGGCCUACAUAGACAGUUUCAUUACUAAAACCAGAAGCCCAUUACCUAGAAGAAUGCAAGUUCCCUAUAGCUAGUCUCCACGGCACAGUACACAUGUUACGUCAUCCGCAGAAGCUUACGCCACCUGGUGGAGAAAUAUACCAACCUCAUGGGUGGAAAUUGUGAACUGAAUCAUGGGAAAUCUAAUUGUAAACUUCUGCUAGAAGAGCUGGUCAAACCUUGAAACCGAAACUCCGUAUUUAAAAACUGCCAUAUCGCUGAUCGUUCUCGCUAUACAGUUAAGUACCCAUUGCCCAUUUUUAUAUUUGCAAGCAGCCAUAAAACAAUUACUAUUAAAUACAUUGUUGGCCUUUUACCAAAAUUUGCGUUGUAAUUUUACCUCAUUAAAACGACAGAACCAUCAGUAGCGGAUUUGCGUCUCAUCAAUGCACAGCCCCGUGGAACACCUCUUUGUUAGUAGCACGAAAGGGACGGCGAUCAAGUACAUGGUAAUCAUUGAAAUUCAAGCUUGAGUAGAGACAUGUGCCUUAAAAUGUGUCAUUUACAUUCGCGGUGAACAAGUGCGGCUCAAUCACAUUUAACGUGAAGUUGUAUAUGUAUAUCCACUGUCAUUUUAAUCUUGUCGUGUAUAUUUCUUUGUCACCGGUGUCUCACAUCUCACCUGAACAUCAUUUUUUUUUGUUUUUUUGAGCCCUCAUUCAACGCUCGAUUUGUUUGACUUUUUUAUUUUCGAUUCGGUGAUCACUUUUUCAUCAUGCUUUUAAUAGUGCAUGUAUGAGCAUUUCUUCUUCGUUUUAGGCUAACUUAGUAUGCUUACAUCGUUAUAUUUAUGCAUAUAAUAUUUCAUAAUGAAUACAAUAAAUAAACCUAUUUUAAUAUUAUA